UGCGAGACUUCUUGUGACUUUUGGGGGCCUGAUGUGGUCAGUUGUGCCUUGGAAGUGGUGGAGGUCUUACGUGGUGAAGCGCCAUCUGGUGGCGGUACUUAACGUCCGAGCAUCUUCGAGGAGCAUUCGACAGUUCCAAUAGGUGUUUAGGUUUUCGUAAGCAGUAAAGAUAAACGGAAUGUGUUACGUCAAUUCGGGAGGUCUUUGUCGCGAAUAAUUUUUUGAGGAUAUAAAGCGCGGGGGACAGCCUCCGGGAAGCGAGUCAUCCUAUCCACAAUUGUCAACAAAUACUCAUUGCCCCCGCGCGUCCGCGGGAGAGGACCCACAACGUCGAUCACCACCUCUCUAAAAGGCUCUCCAACUGAAGAUUGCGAUCGUCGACAAGAUGAAAUAACCAUCUAUACUCAGGUUCGACAUAAGGCGAGACGGAUUUGUUUUCAAACUACGUUUGCGCAGACCAAGAGAGCCCCACACAAUAUGACGUCUUGGUUCCAAAUCUUUGCCGUCCUUUUGGGGAUAGUUUCUCAGACCAAUGGAUACAACAGCGAAGACAAACUCAGGCACGACUUAUUCGCGACGUAUGACAAAUUCUCGCGCCCUUCUCAAACCACAGCCGUCAACAUUAGGAUUUCGAUCAAGCAUUUUGAAAUGGACGAAAGGAGUCACUCGUUGAUGGUCGAUGCGUGGAUGUCAAAUGAAUGGCGGGACACUAGACUCAGUUGGAAUCCUAAUGGUUACGAAGCCAUCCCCAGCAUCACGGUGCCCCACGACAUGCUGUGGGAACCGGAUAUUGCUGUAUAUAACAGCGCCGACGUCGGGGGGAACUUAGCCUACGGCAACGUGCUCGCACUCCUCAACUCCCGCGGGAUGAUCGUGUUCGUGGCCCCUGCGAAGCUGCACUUCACGUGCGUGAUGGACCUCACCGGUUGGCCGCACGACACCCCCAAUUGCACGUGCGUCAUCGGCUCCUGGAUGCACGACGGGCACGCCAUUAAUCUGAGGUUACCGGAUGACAAGCCCGAGCUCAGUCUACCAGCGCGCUUCACCGAAGACGGCCGGAACAUUUCCAGAGGCUCCUGGAAACUCGUCGAUUCUAGCAUCGUCCGAAAAGUCAAGAAUUACACGUGCUGCAAGGAACCUUACAUCACAAUUCACAUGGUCGAUGCUGGUUACGCGGAUGCUCCAGCUUACGAGUGGACUGUGAAGGGGCCUGCUAUAGGUAGGCCUAUGCCUGAGCAUCUGUUAGACUUAGUGGAGUGA